AUGCAACCUGUUCAGGUGGCUUGCCUUGAUGAGUGGGCUUCAAUUGAAACGCAACAUUCCAACUCGGUAUCAUUCGCCAUCCAAGAUCUGCAGGCUAGCACUCUCCGUGUUCCCAUUACUGGAGGAGCAAGGGGAGACAUUGAAGUUGUUAAGGCAGCUGUAUGCUCGGCCCUUGAUGUGAUGCAGGCAAUGGGAUCAUCCUUAUGCUCCGUACUUUCACAGGUGGAGGGGAUGAACUGCCUGGUCUCUCAAAUUGCUGAUGUUACAACAAAACAAAGAGCCAUGCUUGAUGAAUAUGAAACACUUAUGGCUUCUACAGUUGCAAUGCAGGAAGAAGAAUGCAGCCUUCGGACACAUCUGUUACAGUUGAAACAAGCUUGGGAAGACGGUGAACUGCUGACAUUUGGGAAUUAA